CUUCCCUCAUCGCACCCCUCCUCCCCCCAUCUCCUCGCCGCCACCGCCACCUCCCGAUCCAAUCUCUCCCCGCCGCCUCCCGAUCCAACCUCCCACCCACUGCCGACCUCGCCGUCCUCCUCACCCACUGCCGCCGACCUCGUCCCUCCCUCCCCUCACCAUCUCUCCCUCGUCUCUCCCUCUCCCCCGCACCACUCCUCGCCUACUACCUCAGCCGGAUGGGCCAGACGCUGCGCCUCGUCCGCCCGCCCGUGCUCUGGGUCGUCGUCGAGGCCGGCAAGCCCACCCCGGAGGCCGCCCACACGCUGCGCCGCACCACCGUCAUGCACUGCUACGUUGGCUGCUGCGACAGCCUCAACGCCUCCCCCACAGUCGACUUCCGCCCACACCAGCUCAACGACGGCUUCGAGGUCAUCGAGAACCACCUCCUCGAUGGCGUUGUCUACUUCAUCGACGAGGAGGGCGUCUACUCCCUGCCGCUCUUCGACCGCCUCCGCCAGAUCAGGGAGCUCGCUCUGCAUCCGAGUCUCAGUCAUCCUGCACAGCAAGGAGCUGGACCAAGGGAGCAAGCAGCGCUGCUGGUUCCUUGAGACAUGUGCAUGUGUGGAGUAAUUUUGCUUAGAGUAUUUAACAAGAUUGAACUGUACAUGUGUGGAGUAAUUUUGCUUGGAGUAUUUAACAAGAUUCAAUAAGAUUUAACUUACUUUUCCAGUUAAUUAAAUGGACAUCUUGGAUUAGUUAGAAAAUCAUGAAUUAUUUGCAGAAAUCCAUAGAAGUAUUGUACUCCAGUGUGCAUUACUUACAUAAACUUGCUUGCAAGCUUAUUUUCUGACUUGUAUAUUCUGAAACUGAAAAAGCUUAGUUAACUUUUGUUAAGUUUCAGUAAUAUUCAGUGGAGUAUUUACUGUAAAUUUUGCACAUCACAGUAAUUUAACUUGCUGUUAACUGCUGUAGCAUUAGGAGUAGUUUUACUACAAUACUGCUUGAACAGGGUGAAUGGAGGGUGAGGAAGUUUUACUGCAGAGUAGGAUUGCACAGGGAGUAGUUAGCAGUAGUAGAUGUUGAUGAUCAUAGUCCGGAGUAGUUUUGCCUUUGGUGAUCAUCCAAAAAUGUGAUGUACUAUUGUACUUUGAGUGAAAAUGGAAUGGUGCAAUCCUGCACAACAUACUUUGAGUGAAUGCUGAGUACUGUAUGCACUUGUGUAGUAGAUGUUGAGUACUGUAUGCACUUGUGUAGUAGAUAUUUUAUUAACUAGAUAUAUACGUGUUGACUGUUCGUCUGUUCUUCUAGUUUUCUGAUGUGCAUGUUUAUUUGGAUCCACUGAACCUUUGCACGGCUAAUCUCUCAAGUUUGUAUAUACAUAGACAGGUUUUCUGAAAGUGUGACUCCGUAGUAUUGAGAAGUAAUUAAGUUUUCCUUUAGUUUUCCGAUGUGAAAGUUUCUUGGAAGUAGAGUUUUUCUUAACUAAUCAAGAACUCGACUCUUUUCCCCCGAGAUCGUCGUCGCCCAGUCCGGGGUUGGCGCGCGCGACCACGCCUUCUUCCGCACCACCAUCGGCCACAUCCUCUGCUACACCCCGGAGACGGUCUGCAUCGACCUCAACUGUUUCGAUCGAAUCGAAGCCAAGGCUUUCUCGUCCACCUUAAGGUAUUCUAUUUGUGCUCCAUCCCAAAAUCUAUUGUGCACUGCCAAGUCCAUGAGGUGAAGCGCUCACUGCUCGACCAUUUCUUUACUGAACUGGGAGCAAGAGAGGCAAGAUAUUUGAAACAAGCUGAAGUCCUUUUGAUUCUUGAUUUCUAGCAUAUACAUGCAACCUGAUUGGUGAUGUUACUGUAGAUAUGAUGUAGGUUCAGUGCUUACUAUUUUUUGAUGUGAUGCAUGUUACAUUCGUUUCUGUCUAUGCCGCCUUUAGUGUUUUGCCAGCUAACUAGUCUAUUGGGCGUUUUGAAAUAUGAAGAUGCAUGUAAGCACUGAUGCUGGCAAUCUGGCACAUCAUAUCGGUCUUAUCCCAGUUUUAGAUAAAACUAGCAUACACUACAGUUUAUCCCAGUUCAUAUCAAUUUGGCACAUCAUAUCAAUCUGUCACUAUCAUACACUACAAUUUUAGAUAAAAGGGGGGCAUAUCAUUUGCUCUAUAUAACAGUGCUGAUUUUGCGCUGAUAUGAACUUACACCAAUAUUACGUUGUAGUGUUUUCUGCAUGUUGUCGUAUCAGUAGUUCGAUGCUGCCUUCACAUUUGAGUAUAUUACUUGUUUUUGUUUUUAUCCUUGAUUAUUAUUAAUUGCUGUAUUAUAGACUUAAAAUUGUGGUG